UGUGAUCCAGGAGAAGCGACCAAGCUGCUGUACGACCUCCUCUACACCGAGCCCAUAAAGAUCGUGCUGAUGCCGGGUUGCAGCAGCGUCUCCACGCUGGUGGCCGAAGCUGCUCGCAUGUGGAACCUCAUCGUGCUGUCCUACGGUUCCAGCUCGCCGGCCCUGUCCAACCGCCAGCGGUUCCCCACCUUCUUCAGGACUCACCCGUCGGCCACCCUCCACAACCCCACCAGAGUGCAGCUCUUCAAGAAGUGGAAGUGGACACGCAUCGCCACCAUUCAGCAAACCACAGAAGUUUUCACUUCAACUCUGGACGAUCUGGAGCAGAGGGUGAAGGAGGCAGGCAUCGAGAUCAGCGUUCGUCAAAGCUUCCUCACCGACCCGGCUGUCGCUGUCAAGAAUCUCAAGCGCCAGGAUGCUAGGAUCAUCGUGGGACUCUUCUAUGAAACCGAAGCCAGGAAGGUGUUCUGUGAGGUGUUUAAGGAGAAGCUCUAUGGGAAGAAGUAUGUGUGGUUCCUGAUUGGCUGGUAUGCAGACAACUGGUUCAAGAUCAAAGACCCAGCCAUCAACUGCACGGUGGAGAACAUGACGGAGGCUGUGGAGGGACACGUGACCACUGAGAUCGUCAUGCUGAAUCCUGAGACGGUCCGUGGGGUCUCCAACAUGACAUCUCAAGAAUUUCUUGGAUCCUUGAUGUCUCGCCUAGGAGGGAAGAACCCAGAGGAGACGGGUGGAUUUCAGGAGGCUCCCCUGGCCUACGAUGCAGUGUGGGCUCUAGCUCUGGCCCUGAAUAAAACUGUGGCACCCCUGAAGGCCAGAGGCCGACGUCUGGAGGACUUUAACUACAACAACCAUGACAUAACAGCAGAAAUCUACAGAGCUCUCAAUACAAGCUCCUUCGAGGGCGUUUCAGGCCAGGUGGUGUUUGACGCUCAGGGUUCCCGGAUGGCGAUGACCCUCAUCGAGCAGCUGCAAGGAGGCAGUUACAAGAAGAUCGGGUACUAUGACAGCUCUCAGAAGAACCUCUCCUGGUUCGGGAACGAUGUUUGGAUCGGCGACAGGCCUCCAGCUGAUAGAACGGUGGUGAUCGAAGAGUAUCGGCUGCUGUCUCAGAAGCUGUUUGCAGCCGUGUCCGUGUUCGCCGGCCUCGGCAUCCUGCUCGGCAUCGUCUGUCUGACCUUCAACAUCUACAACGGCAAUGUGCGCUACAUCCAGAACUCGCAGCCAUACCUGAACAACAUGACAGCAGUGGGAUGCAUGAUGGCACUGGCCGCCGUGUUCCCGUUGGGAAUUGACCGGCACCAUGUCGACCGGCCGCAGUUUCCUGUUGUUUGUCAGUUCCGCCUGUGGCUCCUCGGCCUCGGCUUCAGCGUUGCUUACGGCAGCAUGUUCACCAAGAUCUGGUGGGUCCACACCCUCUUCACCAAGAAAGAUGAGAAGAAGGAGAGGAAGAAGCAACCCUUGGAGCCAUGGAAACUCUAUGCAACAGUUGGCGUGCUGCUGGCCAUCGACUUCCUGUCGCUCAUGAUUUGGCAGAUCGUGGAUCCUCUGCACAUCACGGUGGAGAAGUUCACUAAGGAGGCUCCGAAGGAGGAUCUGGACGUUCUGAUUCAGCCUCUGCUGGAGCACUGCAGCUCAGAGAAGAUGAACACGUGGCUCGGGGUGGUUUAUGGCUACAAAGGUCUGCUGCUGCUACUGGGCAUUUUUCUGGCUUAUGAGACCAAGUCCGUUUCCACCGAGAAGAUCAAUGACCAUCGAGCUGUGGGGAUGGCCAUUUACAAUGUGGCAGUGUUGUGCCUGAUCACGGCUCCGGUGACUAUGAUCCUGUCUUCACAGCAGGACGCCUCCUUUGCCUUCGCCUCCCUAGCGAUCGUCUUCUCUGCAUACAUCACUCUCGUGGUGCUUUUUGUACCCAAGAUGCGGCGCCUCAUCACCCGCGGCGAGUGGCAGUCGGAGCAGCAGGACACGUUGAAGACAGGAUCAUCCACCAACAAUAACGACGAGGAGAAGUCCAGGCAGCUGGAAAGGGAGAACAGGGAGCUUCAGAAGAUCAUCCAGGAGAAAGAAGAACGGGUUUCGGCGCUCCGCAAUCAGCUGGCCGAGCGUCAGGCUCUCCGGAACCGCCGCCAGCCCACCGCCGGUCAGAAUCAGAACCACAAUGCCCCACCACCCUCCUCCCAACCGGACCCCAAGUCACUGCUCCCCCCACCCGGAUACCCGAACCCCACCCUGGACAAUCACUCUCUCCCACCGUCCUUCUCCAACUCGUCCAGCCUCUACCCGGCAGACAGCAAGAUGAGUCGUAACCACUGUCACAACAGUCAGAUCCCGCUGCUCUACAAGUAGGUGCUGGGGUGGGGGGUGCACACAUGGGGAGACACCUAACACGAGACACUGUGACCUCCACCUGUCUGGAUGAGGUCUCCAAAUACACCUGCAAGCACAAUGGAGGCAGUGUAUUCCACCUGGAGGAGAGUCAUAGGUAGCCCCACCCCUCACGAUUUGACCCAACCAAACACAGGUGGACUUUCAGCUGUAACCAGUCCCUUCUCGUUCGUCCUCUGGUUCCUUUGUGGACACAAAGAUCUGUGAAGGACCAGUUGCUGUUGGUGUCUCCACGUCCUGUCUUCGGAGAACGUUCCAGUCGUGAUUCGAUUGUUCCGUAAUCUUUGAUCCGUUUUUGUCAUAAAGUUGUUGAUGUUUUAACCUUCAGGAGGACAAAUGUACAGAAUCUUCCUCAAAGAGCCGUCCAGCUCUGAUGUCGAGGAUUGUUAUUCAACAGCCAUAGCAUUACGACCAGUCAGACUCAGCAUGUGGUUAGAAAUCCAGAACCAAGUUUCCGUAAACCCAUCCUGGAUCACCGUCAGAAGAGGAACAAAGAGAAUGGUUCUGAUAGUUCUCAUUGUUUAAGUGAUCAGAUUUGUGUUUAUUAUUAUUAUUUUAUGUGUUGAAGAGUAAAAACGAGCCGUCACACGCAGGUUAUGAUUUUGUUUACAAACUGAGACAAAAAUAGGAAUUUGGCCCAGCUGGUUCUACUGGGGUUCUGGUUGUACGUUCUCCACACAGAACCUCUAAUUUCAGCUAAUUUUUCUUUUUAGAAUUGACUGAUCAAACAGUUAAUAAAUAUGUAAAAUAUCGAAGGCUGUUCCACCAUACGGAAAACUUGUUUAAUGGGGAAAAAAAAUGCUGACAGGAAAACCAACUUUCCCUGUUAAAACCAAAUAGGAAUAUUUGGGUCGGGCCAGAACCACCUCCUCAGAAAAUCAGCAUGAAAAAACAAAAUCUACCAUUUAAUUUGGGGUUUUAUGUUUUUAUGACGAGUCACGUAACCUAAAAAAAAAAAAAAACAAUCACUAAAACAUGUUUUAGUUUAAUGAAAAACAUCCCAGAAAAACGCUGCAUUGUAGGUAAUUUGAUCAGCGUCUUGGGUUCUUACAGGAGCUUGAAGUCCUUAAAAGUACUUGAAUUUACUUUUCAAGGUGUUAAAAAUGCACACUAGAGAAAUCGGUAUCAACCAAUUUUCCUGCAUGACCAGCGUUGUAUGGUUUGUUUGAGGUCAGUGAACGCACCAUCCCCUAGCAGACGAUAAAAAAUAGUCUUGUUUUAAAACUCAGUGAUCAGUAUCAGCCCUGAGAACCAGGACUGGUCUACUGGAACAGUUUUAGUUCAUCAACUUUCAGUUUGAUGAGACAAGGAAGUGAAAUGAUCAGUUUGAGUUAAUCGUCCAAGUGAGGAGCUGGAAAGUCUCACAUUAAAGUGCUCGAACUGCCUCUAAGAACCUUCAGUUUUUAACGGUUAUCUGACAAGAACGUUGUUUCAAUCUGAUUUUUCCACAUGGAUCUAAUUAAGAUCCAGAUUAAAGAUCUAAUCCCAAUCUUUAAUCGCUGUUACCACGGUGAAAAGCAAGUCUGUCUUUGACCCUCUGGCCUGAAAAUGAGAUAAAAAUCAACUUCAGAUAGAUAAAACUUCAUCAAUAUUUAACCAAAACUAAACCAAAACACACAAAUGUGAAUGAAAAAAAGAAGUCACUGAAUCCAUAAGAAUCUGAGUGGAGUCAAUUAAGAUUCUUAAAUAUCAUUUUCCUGACUUUUCAUGAUCAAACAUUUUCAGGUGUUUUAAGGCUUUAAACUUGUUGUAAAUGUACCGGAGAAGAACUCGGAGUAAACCCGUAUUUAUUCAGCUGCAUGUUCUAGUUCAUUCAUGAGCUAACGCUAAUGCUAGCAGCUGUGACUCUGUAUGUAUCAGAGCUGUAGACGCUAAUCAGAGCGUACACUUUAACUUGCACAGACAAACAAGCAAUCCACUUCCUGCUGAGGAGCUCAGGGCUUGGGUGAAAUAGGUCAUAUUUAGUAACUGACCAGAAAGUGUAAAAUACACAAAGAGACGUUCUAUUGUCCUGCGCAUUCAUCACAACGAUGAUACACAUGGAUCGGGAGGUAUUUGUAUUCACUAUAUCUACAGAUAUUAUAUGUUAAUAUAUUUCAGAGUAUGUGUAUUGUAAUAUAUGGGUAACAUGAAUAAAAUCUUUGUUUUUCCA